UCAGUACGAGAUUGUCAAAUAUUCUAACCUUACUUUGAUUUUGCGGACGGAAUUUUCUCGUUUCAAAUAAACGCGAUAAGAUGUAUGAAAAUAAAAUUAUAGACUAGAGCGAAUGCAAACCAGCUCAUUCCAAAAAAAGUAUUGUUUAAAUUCCUAUGCUUGUUGUGUACUCAUAGUGAAGCAUGUUGAGGGCAGUUUCUGUGAUAUGUACUGAGAGCCAAGCGCUCUUACUGCUCUCACCAGCCAGGAGGGACAUUUACAAAAUAUUCCGUAAAAGCACAUUCGCCACAAAUGCAUCAUCAAAUCAGACAGUACUCACGUCUGAUAGCCGUGGUGACAGCAGACAAGCUGCGGCGGAGUGUCCCGCGUCGCCGCAGCCUCCCCCGCCGACCCCGCCGCCCCCACCGCCGCGCCAGGCGUGGACGGUGGCAGCCACCGCGCUCGCCAUCACAGCAUCCAUAGGCGGCAUAUAUUUCUACCGUAAAAUCAGCGAAGAAGAAAAGAAACCUACACCAUCAGAUGUGCCAGCUAAAGACAGCAGCAAGGAUAAGGAGCUGCCCAUUCCCAAUUCCGUGGACGCCAUGCCGCGGCACGUGCAGUUCCUGCUGGUGGGCGCCGGCACCGCAUCCUUCGCGGCGAUGCGCGCUAUACGCAGCAACAAGCCUGACUCACAGGUGUUGAUAGUGGGCUCGGAGAUGCAGCUGCCGUACAUGAGGCCACCUUUGAGCAAGGAGCUGUGGCGCGAGCCGGACCUGCACAACGCCACAGACCUCGACGCGCUCACAUUCAGACAAUGGAAUGGACGCACUAGGAGUGUAUCAUACGAGCCUAAUGCGUUCUACACACCGGUGGAGGAGUUGGGCCGUGACCCCGUGACUGAGCAGGGCGAGGGUGACGCCGAGGGCGAGAGGGCGGCGGCGGUGCGGCGCGUGGGCGGCGCGGCCGUGGCGCGCGGCUGGACCGUCACCAAGGUAGACGCGCUGCGGCACGAGGCCACGCUGCAGUCAGCCGCCGGAACUGUCACUAUCACCUAUGACAAAUGCCUCAUAGCCACCGGCGUGGGCGCGGGCACGGUGGCGGCGCUGGGCGCGGCGCGUGCGUGCGGCGCGGCGCGGCGCGUGCGCGGGGUGCGCGACGCGGUGGAGCUGGCGCGCGCGCUGCAGGCGGAGCGCGUGCGGCGCGUGGCCGUGGUGGGCGGCGGCCUGCUCGCCACCGAGCUCAGCGCCUCGCUCGCGAACAAAUUCCGCGACAGCGACAAGUCGGUGGUGCAAUUGUACAGGGAGGCGGCGCCGCUGCAGUCGGUGCUGCCGCCCUACCUCGCGGCGGACGCGGCCGGGAGGCUGCAAGACGCCGGCGUCACUCUCAUGCCUAAUGCGGACAUAGUUGAAGGCGAGAUGGAGGACAACAAGGUGCGCAUGCGCCUCGCCAGCGGCGGGACGGUGGACGCGGACAUCGUGGUGGAGUGUGUGGGCAGCGAGUUCGACACCAGUCUGGCGGACGCGUCCGAGUUGGAGGUGCAUCCGGAACUCGGCGGGUACGUGGUCAACGCGGAGUUGCAGGCGCGCACGGACGUGUGGGCGGCGGGCGACGCGGCGUGCUUCCACUCGGCGCUGGGGCGGCGCCGCGUCACGCACCACGACCACGCCGUGGCGUCGGGCCGCCGCGCCGGAGACAACAUGCUCGGCCGCGCCGCGCCCUACACGCACCAGCCCAUGUUCUGGAGCGACCUCGGGCCGCAGCUCGGAUACGAGGCAAUAGGCAUAAUCGACUCGAGUUUACAGACAGUAGGUGUCUUUUGCGCUGAUGCGGUGACCGACGCGACAGCUGCAGUCACCACCGCGGCAGAUAACGCCAUCACUGCUGGCGACCUGACGCACACCUCGGAAGAAAAGGGGUCCUUCGAGCAGGAUAAACGGUCCUCCGAGCCUGACACAACAGUCGCCAAAACCGGGACGGUGGUGUUGCCAGAAGACAGCGAUGCUGCCAGCCGUCGGUAUGAGCGCGGUGUUGUGUUCUACCUCCGCGAGAAGAGGGUAGUUGGAGUUCUGUUAUGGAACUUGUUCAAUAGGAUGCAUAUAGCUAGACAGGUGAUAGCGCAAGGUGAGUUUGAGGACUUGUUCGAGGUAGCAAAACUGUUCUCACUACACGAGGACGAAUGAUGUAAGAUCACACCACUCUCUUAGUGGGGUGGACAGUGACGUACAAAUGACAAAGUGCAUUUCUUGCUGUUGUAAAUAUUUAAUUAUUAUAUUUAGUUGAAUAAAAGUGUUAACAAUAUGUUUUGUUAUUAACUUUACCACCCGAUUAUAAUUUUUAUAAGGUAUUACUAAUUUAUGAAAUUUUAUGAACACAAUAAACUUGUUGAAUCCA